AUGACAUCACCAGACCAGGCUCUCAUUGGCCGCCACGGCCGGCAGGUGGGAGCGGCCUGGCCCGGGAGCCCCCAGCCUGCUCGGAAGGGCCUGGGCCGCACGGACCCCACGACCCGCCCUCCAGGGGGUCACCCAUGGGAACAGUGCGGCCGCGGCGGCGUCCCCACUCCCGAGGUGAGAGUGGAAAAAGCGUGCAGCGGUGUGCCCGCCGGAGUGCGCCCCUCGGAAAGGCCUCCCACUCCCCAGCACUGGGCUCCGGUGCCCACCACCCGCUGCGUGGGAGACCGGCCGGCGCGGGCAAGCGUCGGGGCGUGCGUGCGCGCGCGCGCUGCGGCUUCUCCACGGGAACGCAGUUUCUCGGGCCAUCCGCUGGAGGGCGCUGGGCAGAGGCCUGGCGGGGCCGCGGCUCUGGGGCGGGUGCUGCUGCCGGAGGUGGCGCUCUGCGUCUUCCUCCCGAGCUGCCGGAGGAGGCGCGGCCAAGGCGGCGAACCGCAGUGGAGUCAGCAGUGGAGUCUCCUACCUGGAGAAGGGGGAGAGAGUAGUACAGCAGGCGGUGCAAAGGUGAACCUGUGCAUAGCCCCCUCGUCUAGCGGGGCAGAGAGCCACACCUUGCAGUUCCGGCUGGGUGCUGCUGUGUACACGGCGGCUGCCUCCUGUAGCUGUCCCCGGUGUUGGCGCCUGCUGUACCCGCUGCCCGAGGCCCAUGAGGCUGCCCAGGGUCCUCGGCUUCCUCUGGAUGCUCGGGGCCUCCACGGGGUCCAGAGUCUGAGUACAUCUACAAAUGCACUAACUACUUCUCUUGGUACUGUUCUCUCUUCUUCAAUAUCCACAACAAUAAUAUCCUCUUCUCUAUCCUCCACUAGUGCAAAUUCAAUGCUCACUACCACCCCUAACUCUCUUUCUACAUCUUCAGUUCUCUCUAGUGUGGAAAAGAUAGGCUCUUUUGCUACUGCUUUCCAUGCUCCUUUUUCAUCUGAAACUGUAAGAACAUCUCCAGCCACAUCUUCUCUGAAGACCUUUGUUACUGAAACAACCCCACGCUGUUUUAUUUCUUCUGCUGCCCCAUGUCCAGAAUCUGUAUCUGUUACCAUAGCACCUGCCUCUCCCACUACUUCAUUUGCGGGAAUGGGUCCAAGUAGUGAAGUUUCUUCUCUGCCCACCAUCCCAAUGUCAGUGUUUACUUCCACUGCUGAGAUGGCCACUCCUAGUUUCACCAGUAUGACAACCGUGUUUCCUAUGCAUAUGGACACUUCUACUGUUCUGGAAAUUCAUCCUACCAACAGCAUAACAGAUGCUCCUAGUUCUGUCAGCACUGGGACUGUCCCCAGUCGCACAGUUUUGACAAGCACUCGAAGACCCACCAGUGGAAACUGGAUGGGCACCAAUUCUGUAACCAUCCCACAUAUGCCUGGAUUCACUAGCCUCCCACUGACCACAAAACCAAGCAGCAGCUUUCCAACUGCGAUGUUGACUUCAAUCAAGUUGACUUGCUCCACCCCAGCCACGAUCAAGACUCCAGACACACCAGUGGGCAAGCCCUAUCCUGAACUUCCUUUUUUUUUUUUUUUUUUUUUGUGCUGUGACAGUGGUGGCACCUGGAUGCAAGGCCUCUGCCACUUGCCCUUGGGGUUCUCUGGGCCCCACUGUGAGCUCCAGGAUAUUAGGUGCCAGCAUGGGGGUAAAUGGGAUGGCCUCAAGUGCCACUGCCUUAGCACCUUCUAUAGCUCCCAUUGUGAGUUUGUGGUGGAACAGGUGAAUCUGGGUGAACUGGAGUCUGAAGUGGGCAUGGAGGUCUCUGUUGACCAGGAGUUCUCCUCGGACCUCAAUGACAACACUUCCACAGCCUACAAGGAUUUCAGUGACACCUUCCGGGAUCAGAUGCAGAAGAUUUACCAAAAUGUGAAGGGGUUCAAGGAUGUGGAGAUCCUGUCAUUGAGGAAGGAGACCCUUUUGGGGCUGAAUGGCAGCAUUGUGGUGGACUACCUAGUCCCUCUGGAGUUGCCCUUUAGCCUCCAGCUGGAGAGCAAGCAUGUGAAGGUGAAGACAGUGCUGAAGGAGAAGCUCCAGAAUGUCAGCCAUAACGGGGACAGCUGCCAGCAUACCCGGACCCUGUGUUUUAAGCCUGACUCCACCAAGGUGAACAAUAACACCAAGAAGGAGCUGACCGUGGAAGCCAUCUGUCGCCGCGCCACUGCUAAAGGCUAUGAGGAUUUUCUCUCCUUGGUGGAGGAGAACGGGCUUGGCUGGGUCGCCCAAUGCACUUGGGGCGCCAUCGACUGUCAGCGGGGCCAGUGCCUCGUGGAGAAGAGCCGUCCUGCCGGCGGCUGCUUCUCCAGCACGCUCUGGCUCUCGGGCCCGCGCUGCGAGGUGGCCGUCGCUUGGAGGGCGCUGGUCGGGGGCCUGGUGGGGGACUUGGCUCAGCUGCGGCUGCUGCUGGCUUCCCUGGGCCUCUUCGUCGUCGCGCGCUCCCGCUUGCCGAGAGAUGGCCAAGUCCUGCGACGACAGAAAUGGUUCGAGAUCUGCGAUGAGGACAUUAUGCGGACUUUUUCAAACUUGGACUCGGAGGACGACCGUGGACAGGGCAAGGGGCUGGGCUAG